AUUUCUAUCCAAAACACAAACGACCUCACCGUCAAAACCCACGAGGAGAGACCACCGCAUCUUGAUUGGUUGCGGGUAUCGAGCAUCGGCUUCGGGGCAGAAUCGACGACGGCCAAGAACACGCGGGUCAUUUCAUGCCCAGCUCUUUAGUACCGGCAGAUCACCAUCCGGAUUUCAUGGAGUCCGAUCUCCGGCAGCGUCUACAUAAAAUAGUAACAGCGCUAUUCCCACGCCAGCUGGCCCAGCAACGCCCGCCAGCGAAUCAAGAUGCGCACGAGCCGAGGAGAACGACCGCCAGACGGAGCGGCUUUCCAAACACGGAAGCUCCCUUUCGCUCCUUGGCUUGCCCUUGGCCGGUUGUUUCUUUUUUCCUUAUCAAAACUAAAAGAUGGGGAAAUGCAUGCAAGGUCCGUGUCCUAAUCCUUGUCCACGAAUUCAUAUUUCUGUCCAGCCAUUCCAGUCCAUUAUCAUCGCAACCUUCUUGUUUGUUGUUACGAUUUGCGAAAGCCUUCAUCUUCAUUGGAAUUACCCAUCUACUCAUCCACAUCCAAGGUUUGAAGUCGUCCAUGAACAAAGCAGAAAGGGGGGUAUGCAGCGCGUUCUCUAUCAACGGUCUACCGUUGCCUACUGGUCACUUUAAAGGGCAACUCUUCAUGUUGGACUUCGGUGUACCUCGCUCCUUGAACCGACCCCUGUUUUACUUUUUGAUCCUGUGCCUGAUUCGGGUGCCCCGAUUUGACCUUAGAAGUUGGGGUUGGGAGGAGGGGGGGUUGUUAUCGCAACCCAUCCUUUCUGCCCAAGAAAGACGCACACGCAUGGCAGCAGUGUGGUUUUCUUGGAGUAGAAGUACCGCAUUUUCUCAGUCGUAACGGAAAUGCUUUGUGGAUCAUACUGGGAUUAUGAACCAAUCCAGUUGACAAGAUGCUGCAUAUGUAGCUAAGAGCAAGCUCAAAACACCUGCAUAAGGUGUGGCCUUCCCCAAAGAGGAUUUCCGUUAUGAGUGAGAAAAUGCGGUAGGUGUCAUGUGUCGGAUGUCGGCGACGAGCGAUGAAAAGACGUCUCUUUUAUCACUUAUCAGAUUAUCUGACAUUGCUUCUAGUCUGGGGUGGUGAUUUAUCCAGGUGUAGCUAGAGGUAUCUUCGGCCUCAUAUCAUACAGCGGCGGGACCUAACUAUCUGCAUUCUAGCUCUUUACUUACUGACGACUUUACGCCAACAUCAUCGCCCUUUUUCAAUGGAAGGCGACGGCGUACAGCCCGGUCCGGAC